UCCGCCCGCCCGCCCGCCCGACGACGCGGGAGAGUCGCACGCGCCGCGGGUCCUGGGCUCCGCCGCGCUCCGGGCCGCCGCCGAGCGCUGGGCGGGCGGACGCGGCGCCCUCGGGCCGGAGACGGUGGGCAGCGCGGGAUCUCGCCGCCCCACGCCACGGCGGCGGCGGCGACGGUGGGAACGAUGAAGAACGAAAUUGCUGCCGUUGUCUUCUUUUUCACAAGGCUGGUUCGGAAGCAUGAUAAGUUGAAAAAGGAGGCAGUUGAGAGGUUUGCUGAGAAACUGACUCUAAUACUUCAAGAAAAAUAUAAAAACCACUGGUAUCCAGAAAAACCAUCAAAAGGUCAGGCCUACAGGUGCAUUCGUGUCAAUAAGUUUCAGAGAGUUGAUCCUGAUGUCCUGAAGGCCUGUGAGAACAGCUGCAUCCUGUACAGUGACCUGGGCUUGCCAAAGGAACUCACUCUCUGGGUGGACCCCUGCGAGGUGUGCUGCCGGUAUGGAGAGAAAAACAAUGCAUUCAUCGUUGCCAGCUUUGAAAAUGAAGAUGAGAACAAGGAUGAGAUCUCCAAGAAAGUGACCAGAGCCCUUGAUAAGGUUACCUCUGAUUAUCACUCGGGAUCCUCUUCUUCAGAUGAAGAAACAACUAAGGAAGUGGAAGUGAAACCCAGUUCUGUGACUGCAACCCCGAGCCCUGUUUACCAGAUUUCAGAGCUGAUGUUCCCACCUCUUCCAAUGUGGCACCCUGUGCCCAGAAAAAAGCCAGGGAUGUACAGAGGGAAUAACCACCAGCAUCACUACCCUCCUCCUGUUCCAUUUGGUUACCCCAACCAGGGAAGGAAGAAUAAACCGUAUCGCCCCAUUCCAGUGACGUGGGUACCUCCUCCGGGAAUGCAUUGUGAACGGAAUCACUGGAUUAAUCCUCACAUGUUAGCACCUCACUAGCUGCUUUAAUUCUGUUGGUGUCAUGUUCAAAAGAGGUAGUAUAAUCCUGGCUACAUGUUAAAAGUUAAAAGUUCAUAUUCAUAGUAGUAAAGUUAGAUGGACCGCCAAACCAUCCAACGUAUUUUUAUAGAGAAGUUAUUGAAAAUAAUCUUUCUUAAAAUAUAUAUAUGCACUUUAGAUAAAUUGAUAUAGUUUGAGAAACUUUAUUAAAGUUAGUCAAGUGCCUGAGUUUUUAAUAUUGGACUUGAGUAUUUAUAUAUUGUGCAUCAACGCUGUUGGAUACGAAAGUACUGUAGGAGUCGACAGGCUGUUCUAGCACCUUGAACAUUGACUUUACUGGGAGUAUGUAAGUUAUUUAUACACAAGGAAAUCUAUUUUAUGUCGUUGUUUAGAAGAAUUGCGUCAAAUCAUGUAGUUGCAAAUAAAAAGUAGUUUGAGGCAUGGCAAUGUGUGUUUCUGUUCUAUGUAAAAAA